UUACGCCAAAAGUCAGUUUCAAAGAAUAAGCACUCUGAUUCACUGUUUAGCAGCCAAUGUAAGUCCUGGAAACAAUCAUGGCUUUUAUCUUUGUCAGGUAAUAUUUCAACGAAGGAGGUUUCCUUACAAUGCUGUUUUUUAAACACCUUAGUGUUUAAGAAUCAUAGACCAUUUGGUAAUGCAGCAGCUGCUGAGAUUCUUGAAGCCUGUUGGAGAAACAGCUUUUCACAUUGGGAAUUUCCUUCCAAAAAAACAGUUGCAAAUUCUGGCUAAUCCUUUUAAAGUCUUCCUUUAUUAAUGUCAGACUUGAUCUACACAGAUGACCUCUUUCUAAUUCUAGACAGUGAAAGUAUCACCAUGCUCCUAAAUCAACAUAUAUGAAAUUUGUUCACCUUAAAAAUAAUAAACAAAAUAAUAAAUUUUUAAAAUAAAGGGUAAAGUUUGAAGAUGCAUCUCUCAAAAGACAAAGUGGGGUGUGGCCUUAAGGCUUAGCAAAAGAAAACUACUCUGUCACACUUCAGGCUACUCUGGUUUUAGUUUUCUUCUCAACUCUCUCCUUCUGUAAACACACAAACCCAACAGGUAGAAAACCAACUUAUUCCUCAUUUUUCAUCUGUUUAAAUUGACGAAUAUUCUACCUCAGGAGCCAGAACACACUGCCUUAUAUAACCUAGGGGUGUAUGUGUGCGCGCGUGUGCUGUGCAAUAUUCUGGGAGUGAGGAGGGGUAGAUGGGAAUUCCGAGGGGCUAGGGUGAGAAGACAGAAUUACUGCCUCCCUUUCAAAGCUACAUCUGGCAGAGGGGUGGGGACUCUACCAAGCCAUCACCACGCUGUAUGCCAGUCUCACACACGGAUGCUUCUCCGUCACGUUCUCUGGGAAAUUUCCCCCGGAUUAGGAAAGGGACCAUAACGCGGAUCUGCUCUGCAAGGCGAGUUUUUACCCUUGCAGCACAAAGAACAGGGGAGCGCGUUCGCAUCUCCGCAACUCCACUCCCUGGACCAGCUCCGCGCUUCAGCACCUCGGAGAGCGGCGCUGCACCGCGGCCGCCCAUGGGGAGCCGGAUUCCCGCGGCCGGGCGCCGGCUUCCGGGCAUCUAGAAGGGGACAAGCCUGCGCAUUUUACCCUCAUGUUGGGGAGUAGCACCUUCAAAAACAUGCAGCGCCGGCAUACGACGCUGAGAGAGAAGGGUCGCCGCCAGGCCAUCCGAGGUCCUGCCUACAUGUUCAACGAGAAGGGCACGAGCCUGACACCCGAGGAGGAGCGGUUCCUGGACUCAGCUGAGUAUGGCAACAUCCCAGUGGUCCGGAAAAUGCUGGAGGAGUCCAAGACCCUCAACUUCAACUGUGUAGACUACAUGGGGCAGAACGCACUGCAGCUGGCAGUGGGCAACGAGCACCUAGAGGUCACCGAGCUGCUGCUCAAAAAGGAGAACCUGGCGCGAGUGGGGGACGCGCUGCUACUGGCCAUCAGCAAGGGCUAUGUUCGCAUCGUGGAAGCCAUCCUCAACCACCCGGCCUUUGCACAGGGCCAGCGCCUGACGCUCAGCCCACUGGAGCAGGAGCUGCGGGACGACGACUUCUAUGCCUACGAUGAGGAUGGCACACGCUUCUCCCACGACAUCACGCCCAUCAUCCUCGCAGCCCACUGCCAGGAGUACGAGAUCGUGCACAUCCUGCUGCUCAAGGGUGCACGCAUUGAGCGGCCCCAUGACUACUUCUGUAAGUGCAAUGAGUGCACUGAGAAGCAGCGCAAGGACUCCUUCAGUCACUCACGCUCACGCAUGAACGCCUACAAGGGCCUGGCAAGCGCUGCCUACUUGUCCCUGUCUAGCGAAGACCCUGUCCUCACCGCACUGGAGCUAAGCAACGAGUUAGCCAGACUAGCCAACAUUGAGACUGAAUUCAAGAACGAUUACAGGAAGUUAUCUAUGCAGUGCAAGGAUUUUGUGGUGGGUGUGCUGGACCUGUGCCGAGACACAGAAGAGGUGGAAGCAAUUUUAAAUGGUGAUGUGAACUUUCAAGUCUGGCCCGACCACCACCGUCCCAGUCUGAGCCGGAUCAAACUCGCCAUUAAAUAUGAAGUCAAGAAGUUCGUUGCUCAUCCUAACUGUCAGCAGCAAUUGCUUACCAUGUGGUAUGAAAAUCUCUCAGGCUUACGUCAACAGUCUAUCGCUGUGAAAUUCCUGGCUGUCUUUGGAGUCUCCAUAGGCCUCCCUUUUCUCGCCAUAGCCUAUUGGAUUGCUCCGUGCAGCAAGCUAGGACGAACCCUAAGGAGCCCUUUCAUGAAGUUUGUAGCCCACGCAGUUUCGUUUACAAUCUUUUUGGGAUUAUUAGUUGUGAAUGCAUCGGACCGAUUUGAAGGCGUUAAAACUCUACCAAAUGAAACCUUUACGGACUACCCAAAACAGAUCUUCAGGGUGAAAACCACACAGUUCUCCUGGACGGAAAUGCUCAUCAUGAAGUGGGUGUUAGGAAUGAUCUGGUCCGAGUGCAAGGAGAUCUGGGAGGAGGGCCCGCGGGAGUACGUGCUGCACCUGUGGAACCUGCUGGACUUCGGGAUGCUGUCCAUCUUCGUGGCCUCCUUCACCGCGCGCUUCAUGGCCUUCCUCAAGGCCAGCGAGGCCCAGCUGUACGUGGACCAGCACGUGCCGGACGACACGCUGCACAACGUCUCGCUUCCGCCGGAAGUGGCCUACUUCACCUACGCCAGGGACAAGUGGUGGCCUUCUGACCCUCAGAUCAUAUCGGAAGGGCUGUACGCCAUAGCCGUCGUGCUGAGCUUCUCCCGCAUCGCCUACAUCCUGCCAGCCAACGAGAGCUUCGGGCCGCUGCAGAUCUCCCUGGGGAGAACCGUGAAGGAUAUCUUCAAGUUCAUGGUCAUUUUCAUCAUGGUGUUUGUGGCCUUCAUGAUUGGGAUGUUCAACCUGUACUCCUACUACCGAGGUGCAAAGUACAACCCAGCGUUCACAACGGUUGAAGAAAGUUUUAAAACCUUAUUUUGGUCCAUAUUCGGCUUGUCGGAAGUGAUCUCGGUGGUGCUGAAAUACGACCACAAGUUCAUCGAGAACAUCGGCUACGUUCUCUACGGCGUUUAUAACGUCACCAUGGUGGUCGUGCUCCUCAACAUGCUGAUCGCCAUGAUCAACAACUCCUAUCAGGAGAUCGAGGAGGAUGCAGAUGUGGAGUGGAAAUUUGCCCGCGCGAAACUCUGGCUGUCUUACUUUGAUGAAGGAAGAACUCUACCUGCUCCCUUUAAUCUAGUGCCAAGUCCUAAAUCGUUUUAUUAUCUCAUAAUGAGAAUCAAGAUGUGCCUCAUAAAACUCUGCAAAUCUAAGGCCAAAAGCUGUGAAAAUGACCUUGAAAUGGGCAUGCUGAAUUCUAAAUUCAGGAAGACUCGAUACCAAGCCGGCAUGAGGAAUUCUGAGAACCUGACAGCAAAUAACACUUUCAGCAAGCCCACCAGAUACCAGAAAAUCAUGAAACGCCUCAUCAAAAGGUACGUCCUGAAGGCCCAAGUGGACAGAGAAAAUGACGAGGUCAACGAAGGCGAGCUCAAGGAGAUCAAGCAAGACAUCUCCAGCCUGCGCUACGAGCUGCUGGAGGAGAAGUCGCAGGCCACCGGCGAGCUGGCGGAUCUCAUCCAGCAGCUCAGCGACAAGUUCGGCAAGAACCUGAACAAAGACCACCUCCGUGUCAACAAGGGCAAGGACAUCUAGCAGCCCGCCGGCCCUGCGACUUCCACCAGCAUUCCAGGCCAGGCUGCCCCCAGGACACAGGGGGACCCGCUGGCGACUCCUCGGGCCCAGCGGCCUACCUGGGCCCAGCAGUGGUGUCGGUCGAGGCCGUGGGGUAAGCCGAGCUGCCACACGAGGAGGGGACAUGCCCGACACCGGUGAGACCUCCAGUCCCGACACAGUGGGCUGCGUCCCUGUGUCCACAGCAGGCAAAGGCCAUCCUGGAUGCACACACGUGCCCUCCCACCGCCCUGGGCCACAGCUCUGCGUGUCGGGGACGACCAAGACCUCAUCCCAUGCCCCUCCCCCACCCCACCCCCAAACCGCAGAACCGGGAGGUGACCUGUGACCUACUCUUAAGUGCCAGACGAGAACACAGAUAGCCUAAUAGCAACAUAGUUCUAUUUGUUUAUAAAAAAAAGUUUAAAAAUCCUAAAUCAAAAAUUGUACUGUAGGUAGUGCUGUUUAGAAAACAACACCAAAUUCCAAAUGAUGUAUUUUUACCUUUAUUAUCUUGUAUUUACUAUUUUUACCUAAAAUGGAAAGAAAUAAAAAUUACCUCAUCCUCUCCUGGGGAGACGCUGUGCCCUUUCUGGGAG